CGCCGCCUCCUCCCUCCUCCACUCAACGGUGGAGGAAUUGAUGCUGUUCAGAGCGGGGCUGCGUGCAGACGGUGCAUGUGUGUGCAUGUUAGAGUGGAGAAGGACAUGCUGUUUGGUCCAGGCUAUCAUUUUGAGUUUUAUUUUAUCUGAUGUGUUUCUCUCCUUUACGUAGGCUAAAUACUUCUUCAGCGACCGACCGUCUUCAAGCUCUCUUCGCCCUCAUAACCUGGAAAUCACAUCCGUAACUCUGUCAAGACGAGGAAUGUUCUGGGUACUCCUGCCGUAGACUUGCACCGGCCAGUUCGCAGCAGGAUGGGUUCAGAGGAGCGCAGUUCAGCCAUGUCACAGAAGAUCUCCUCCCUGUCGCGCAGCAACAGCAGCUCCUCAUCGAAACAUGACAGUCGACAGGGGAUUUGGACGUGAGCGUUCUAAUCUCAGACAGGAAAUGAUUAUUGUGAAGAGUGAGAUUAGACAGGACAGCUGGGAAAUAGUGGAGGGCCUGCGCGGAGGCUUCGCCAAUGUCCUGGAGCCCCAGAAACAGGAGGGCUACAUGCUAAAGAGAAGAAAGUGGCCCAUGAAGGGCUGGCACAAGAGAUACUUUUUCCUGGACAAGGGCAUCCUGAAGUAUGGCAAGUGCAGUGCUGAUAUUGAGAAAGGGAAACUGCAUGGCUGCAUUGACGUGGGUCUCUCUGUCAUGGCCAUUAAGAAGAAAGCCAAGUGCAUCGAUCUCGAUGCUGAGGAAAACAUCUAUCACCUGAAGAUUAAGUCACAGGAGCUGUUUGAUGAAUGGGUGUCCAAGCUGCGCCACCAUCGGCUCUAUCGGCAAAAUGAGAUUGCCAUGUACCCUAACGAGAAGUCCUUCUACUAUCCCCACUACCCCUCGCCCAACUCCCCCAGCGUGGCUGAGAGUGCCUCUAUCAGAAAGUGCAUGCCUGUACGGAGGCAGUCCACAGUGCAUUCUGUAGGAGCCUUCCCUUUUAAUUGCAACAGCCAGGCCAAGGUCACAGCCUGGCUCCAGUCAUCUGACGACAUGGACAAGUGCUCCAAAGACUUGUUGGUCUGUGAGGCCUACCUGCUGGAGCUCAACCACCUGCUUCAGAGUAUGGAAGUUCUCCAUCGUACCUAUUCUGCUCCAUCUAUCCAAGCCCUGCAGGCAUCUACAUUCGACAGCCCCAAGAAGGAAAAGAGACUUCCAAGGAAAUGGCGUGGCAAAAACUACAACAAAGAUGUCAAAACAACUCUGCAGGUACCCAGCUGCAUCUCCUCUGGCUCUAUCCGCCUCCACGCCUCUAACCCCAACCUCUCCACCGCUGCACUCGGCAAUGACAAAGCCGACCCCGAAUUACUGGAUUCUGCUUUUGAUGUGGCCAAGCUGCAGGAGGACUUCUGCCGGAUUGCCACCGACUUGCACGCAACCAUGAAGUCAGCCCUGAGUUCACUAACAUCUGAGAGGGAGAGAUUAAAGCUAUGCCUGGACCACGAGACAUGUGCCCCUACCUCACCACAGGUCGUCGGUUUGAAGAACGCACUAUCAACGGCUUUAGCCCAGAACUCUGAGCUGAGAGAGCGCCUGUGCAAGAUUCAUGCUGAGUCCCACAUCGUAGAGCCCACACUAAUAAAUCUCACUGCCCCGGUGCAGAAACAGGAUUCUGUGGAUGAAUCCCGUCCCCUUGUACACCAAGUAUCCAAUGAGAGCAGAGCUUCAAUUGCAGAGUCUCUCUCCGAGUUCUUUGAUGCACAGGAAGUUCUGCUGUCUGCCAGUUCCUCUGAAAAUGAGGUAUCAGAGGAUGACUCGUACAUUAGCGAUAUUAGUGACAACAUUUCCAUGGACAACUUCAGCAAUGGGACAGAAAGUGAGAGACCAAACUCAGGGUCUGUGGAAGAAGGCACCAUCCUUUGUCAGCGUAGGUCUUGUCUGCCUUGUCCGAGCCCCAACAACAGCACCAUCAGCCUGUGGAACAUCCUCAGGAACAACAUCGGCAAAGACCUGUCCAAAGUGGCGAUGCCUGUGCACCUUAACGAGCCGCUCAACACCCUGCAGAGACUGUGUGAAGAGCUGGAGUACAGCGAGCUGCUAGACAGAGCUGCUAACACACAGGACCCUUUUGAACGCAUGGUAUACAUAGCUACGUUUGUUGUAUCAGGCUAUGCAUCCAGCUACUACAGAACUGGAGGAAAGCCUUUCAACCCUGUCCUGGGAGAGACAUAUGAAUGUGAGCGACCAGAUAAAGGCUUUCGAUUUGUUGCAGAGCAAGUCAGCCACCACCCACCGAUCUCAGCUUGCCAUGCGGAGUCUAAAAACUUUGUAUUCUGGCAAGACGUGAGGUGUAAGAACAAGUUCUGGGGAAAAUCAAUGGAGAUUGUUCCUGUGGGUACAACUCAUGUAACUCUGCCAGAAUCUGGAGACCACUACGAGUGGAACAAGGUGACGUCCUGCAUCCACAACAUUCUCAGCGGACAGCGCUGGAUUGAGCACUACGGGGAGAUCUCCAUCAGAAACUCGAGCAGUGACAUUUGCCAGUGCAAGAUCACUUUUAUUAAGGCCAAAUACUGGAAUUCAAGUGUGAACGAGGUGGAGGGAACUAUCACAGAUCAAAAAGGCAAGGUCGUCCACAGGCUCUUUGGAAAGUGGCAUGAAGCAGUUUUUUGUGGAGACCCACCUUCGGCCACAUGCAUCUGGAGAGCAAAUGCAAUGCCAGUAGACCAUGAGCAGUACUAUGGUUUUACCAAGUUUGCUAUUGAACUGAAUGAGUUGGACCCGUCUCUGAAACUGCUGCUACCACCCACAGACACCAGACUACGAGUAGACCAAAGACUGCUGGAGGAGGGAAACUUGGAGGCUGCAGAGGAGCAGAAACAGAGGAUUGAACAGCUGCAGAGAGACAGACGAAGAGUCCUUGAGGAGAACAACAUAACGCAUCAACCUAAAUUCUUCAGAAAGUCCAAGGAUGACACGUGGGUGAGCAACAACACAUACUGGGAGCUGAGGAAGGACCUUGGCUUUGGCCACAUAGAUUUUCCUACGCUGUGGUGACCCCUUAACUGCAGAUCGCACACAUUUUGACCUGCACAGCCUCUACUGUGAUCCAGGCUGGUUCUGGUGAUGUCUGUAUUCCAGUCUUGCCAUCCACAUUCAGUACUGUCUUCUUCACUGCAGUUCAUCAACGUUAUUGCCUUAACAGCAAGUGCUUAUCUAAGUUGUGUUAACAUGUUUAUGCAAGUAUAUUAUAGGAAUGUUGAUCAAUUUAAGCAGUUUUUGCCCGUAUUUCCACCUGUAUUGUUAACACUGUACAACUGAAACUGACAAAAGGAAAACCAAUAGGUAUAAAGGAUGACAUAUGCUUUUCAUAACUGGUCUACAUUAGCUUAAAAUGUACCAAACAACUGGUCACUUCAGCUGUCAUCUUAUCAUGGACAUUCUCUACCUCUGAGAUAAACUAGCCUUGAUAUGCCAUUGAUUAAGUGUUCACAUCCAAUGUUUAUUCUGCACCUGCCUGAUGCCUUACUGGUUGUACUCAUAUUGUUUAAUUUAUUUUUGUUGCAUCUUUUAAAUGUUCUUUUAAAAAAAUUUGUGAUUUGUAAGGAAUUCUUAAGAACAGACAGUUGCUCACGUGAUCUGUAAUCCUUACCGAACUAUUCUCUCUGACUCAUUUACAGUAAUCACUGCUUUUUGCUAUGACUGUGUGAAUGAUGGUGCAACUAUGAGCAGCAGUAGCAAAUAUCAAAUCCAGCCAUUUUUCACUUUAUCCAUUCUACCAUUGUCUGUAUGGACCCUGGGCUUUGGGACCAAAAGUGUCCAAAACGAGCUCAAAUAAAAUCUCUGAUGCUUUC